AUGUCUUCAUCUACUCUAAUACCUGAUCGUGUUUUAAUUGUGGAUAAACGUCUUGUACCAAUUGAUUUUGAACAAUUUCAUUUUAUUCAAUUUUCUCAUCCUCGUACAAAACAGGAACAAUCUUAUGCUAUUGAUCAUCAAUCUAAAACAAUCUUUGAACUUGUUCAAUGUACUCGUUCAUAUUCAAGUUGGUUUAUUAAUGAUCAACAUGUACUACCAGAUGGAUCAUUAUAUAUAAUUACUCCAAUUAAUUUAAUCUUUCUACUUUUACCUUCACUUUGGUGUCAUGCUCGAACAAAAUUUAUUCCAUUAACAAUAAUUAUAAAUGAUUCAUUUAAACAAUUCGAAUUGGGUGAUGAUUUUAUCAUUGAAAAACUUCGUUCAAUUUGUGAUAUUGAUAAUGAAAAAAAUUUAAUUAAAUUAAAUGAAGAGAAUUUAAUUAUAUGGCUUCGUGAUCGAAUUGAUCGACUUAAAAACUAUGUUCAAGAUGAAGAACAUGCAUUUGAUCUUGUCUGUGAAUAUUUAUCAGAUGAUAUUGUUGAACAAUGUCAACAAGAAUUAAAACUUCAUGGAAAUAUACGAUAUGAUAUACCUAUUGGUCAAAAAGCACCAUCUGUAAUAACAACAACAACAACAACAACAAUUACAAAAAAGAAAAUAAAUGUAGAAUGUACACAUUAUCUUCUUAAAAAACAUGGUUUAUUACAAUCGAAAGAUAAAAUUAAAUUUUCUACUAAUGAUCAUGAUUUAUCAGAGGCAACAAUUACUCAUGCGAAACAAGUUUUAUAUGAACAUUAUUUGAAUACAAGUCAAUCAUCAGCGUUACAUGAAUUUCAUCAAAUACAAAAUAAAUCCAACUGUAUAUUUGCUAAACGAGCACGAUGUUCGAAUGCACCUCAUUGGCUUGAUAAUUUAUCAAUUGAAGAUAAUUGUGAACGAUUGUUACCAAGUUUUAUUCUCUUUUGUGCAUUUGUAAAAGACAUAUCCAUUGAUGGUUAUGUGAUUGAAAUUCCUCAUAAUCAUUUAACGACAACACUUGAAGAUUUUGGUCAAAUAUUCAAACAAAUUCUUCGUUUUCUUUCGGAUCAUGAUCCAGCUAAACGUCAUUGUAUGAAUGUUUCAUCAUCACGUAUUGGUCAAAUUGGUUGGGUAUUUGAAUUUGAUCGUGUUACUUUUUUUAUAACAACAUUUACACCACAUUAUCCUGAAACACAUCCACGUUAUGCUCAUGGUUCGAAAAAUUAUUGUCAUAUACUUUUUCAACCUGAAUUAUCAUUUCUUCGACAUGAUUUACCUGAUGAUACACCUCAUACAAAUUGGAUAGAACCAAUAACAAGUCGAGAUAAAAUUCGUGUUGCCUUUCGACAACAUGGAAGAGAAUAUCCAAUAAGACCGACUAUUUAUUAUCCACCAUCUCAUGAUAUGAUUAGACCAUUAAGUAAUGAUUUAGAGGAUAUUAUUGAAUGGUGGCUUUGA